AUGAAACUGGUCGGAAAUGGAUAUAACAGCGACAGUGCUGGCUCGACACUCCUCAGCUCGCCAACCACGGCCUGUCCACCUCAAGGCAUAUCGUCAAGACUUCCCACCAGCAGCCACUCCUUUAUCCAUCGUUCGUUACUCGUUACCCGUCACCGACAGUAUCAACCUCAGCAAAUGAUGUCCUUCACUCGCCUCGUCUUAUCCGCCCUUCUUUUUAUCUCUUCCGCGCUCGUCCCGUACGUCGUGGGCCAACAACCUUCCCAGGCUGCGGGCUGCUACGCUUGCCCCGUCACAGACAAUCUUUUAACCCCCUUGGUCGGCAUUCCCGAUUUGAGCUUGGACCCCUUCAGCUGCGUCUACGGCGCCUUCAGUCCUGGAACGUGCACCUACUCAAGGACCACAGGUGACCUUGUGGCCGACUCAAAUUCUGGCCGGUGCCAAGCUCGCGCUCUCGACGUCUGCUUCCUUCGUCGAAGGAACGCCCUUCCUCGAUCUCCCAAGCCCCCCAGCCCAGCCGCUUACGAGCCCAAGCCACGCGCCAUGCAUGUUAGGAAGGAUCUUGCGGGUAAUAAGCGUGAUGCACGGGCAAAGCAUGACAGUGACAUUCGUGAACAUGAUUUCGAGUAA